AAAGAUUCACUCUUGACAACGGAUACUGAACUUUGCCUCAUCUUUUUACCUCUCUCUGCUAAAACCAAACAAAAAAUGAAAAGCAAUUAACAAGAAGACAGAUAUAAAGAAAGAAAAGCAACUGAGCUUCAAUCCCUUAACCCUCAUCUCUGCAGAGAGAUAGAAGAGAAAAAACAAUGUCGUCUUGUUUAUCUCUUCUGCUACUUCUUUUUCCCAUUCUUGGAACAUUACCAACUGCUAAUUCACUGCCUGCAUUUUUCCCUAGAGCAGGUUACUACCAAUAUCUAACUAAAGAAUCAAAGGUCAUAAACCAAAAAAUCCCUUACAAGACCCAUUACUUUCCUCAGAUUCUUGACCAUUUUACAUUUCAACCGAAGAGCUAUGAAAUCUUUUACCAAAAGUAUCUUAUCAAUGGCCAAUACUGGCAUAGAGGAGCUCCUAUCUUUGUUUACACUGGAAAUGAAGGUGACAUUGACUGGUUUGCAGCCAACACUGGUUUCUUGCUGGAUAUUGCUCCAAAGUUCAGGGCUUUACUUGUUUUUAUUGAACAUAGAUUUUAUGGGGAGUCGUUGCCAUUUGGGAAGGACUCAUACAACUCCGCAGAGACGUUAGGGUACUUGAAUUCACAGCAAGCAUUGGCUGAUUUUUCAGUUUUGAUAAGGAGCUUGAAGCAGAAUCUUUCCUCCGAAGCAUCUCCUGUGGUGGUUUUUGGUGGCUCUUAUGGAGGAAUUAUUCAUCCUCUAUAUCUGUCAGUGCUGGCAGCCUGGUUCAGACUGAAGUACCCGCACAUUGCCAUUGGUGCGGUGGCAUCAUCAGCCCCUAUUUUGCAGUUUGAUGACAUUACUCCUCGGUCAAGCUUCUACGAUGCUGUAUCCCAGGAUUACAAGGAGGCAAGCUUGAAUUGUUAUGAGGUGAUAAAAGGGAGCUGGACAGAGCUGGAGGCAUUCUCAGCUCAGAAAGAAGGGUUGCAUGAACUAAGCAGAACAUUCAGAACCUGCAAAGAUCUUCGUUCACUAGAUUUUGUCUGGGACUGGCUAUGGUCUGCUUUUGUUUACACAGCCAUGAUGAAUUAUCCAACUGAGGCAAAUUUUAUGAUGCCACUACCUGCCUAUCCUGUGAAAGAGAUGUGCAAGAUCAUUGAUGGAUUUCCACCAGGGGCUUCUAAGAUUAGCAGGGUUUUUGCAGCUGCAAGCUUAUAUUACAACUAUUCUCAUGGUGAGAAAUGCUUUGAGUUGGAAAAUGAACAUGAUGCUCAUGGCCUUCAUGGUUGGAACUGGCAGGCAUGUACAGAGAUGGUCAUGCCGAUGACUUGCUCUAAAGAGAGCAUGUUUCCUCCAUCUGGCUUUGAUUACAAAGAGUUCUCAAAAGGAUGCAAGAAAAAAUAUGGGGUCAUGCCUCGACCGCAUUGGAUCACUACUGAAUAUGGUGGCAAAAGAAUCGAUCAAGUAUUGAAGAGAUCUGGUGGCAACAUUAUAUUCUCUAAUGGGAUGCAAGAUCCUUGGAGCAGAGGAGGCGUCCUGAAGAAUAUAUCUUCUAGCAUCAUUGCACUUGUGACCGAUAAGGGAGCUCAUCAUGUUGAUUUUAGAUCUUCAAUGAAAGAUGAUCCAUAUUGGCUUAGAGAACUGAGAAGCCAGGAAGUUGAGAUCAUUAGCAAGUGGAUAGAUGAGUACUACGCAGAUUUGAAACUGAGGGUAGAUAAUGCAUAAGGUUUAGAUUUACUCAGCAGGAACAUGUUCAAGGCUUGGUGAUAUGUUCUUUCAAUUCUCAAUUUACAAAUGUUCAUUUUUUUUUUUUUUUUUU